UAAAGAUUGUGUAGUUCAAUGUGACGACGAUUUCAUCACAAAAUAUAAACAUCCGCUUCGAACGUUAGUACGAAUGCGUCUGAUUUGAACGUCACCCAUACAAACAGACAAAAAAGUAACAACACAGACAAGGGAUAGAGAUGUCAAUGAACACUGAUGGUAGUUAGCGAUCAUGCAUAGUGAAACAAAAAAGUGUCUAAAAAUAAUUAAGAAUAGUCGUCGAGGCACGAUGAAAACCUUCGAAGAAUAACUGUAAAUUGGUAAUUUCAAGCGGUGGUGCAGCGCAACAAGGACACAUAGUGAUGCGUUGUCGUUUGCCGUUAGUCAGUCAACAGAAAACAUCUUACGACCAUCGCGUGUAUGCAUGUCUCGGAUUUAUCUCGGAGCGUCAAUGCAUUGGUAUCUGAGUGUGCGUUGAGUCACUCUAUUGCGUUGUUGCAAGUCACAAACAACACACAAACCGGCAUUGUGCGUGCAUCAACAGAAAAUAUCGAUGUAUCAAUUGGUUUUGCUUUUGUUUGCAUUGAAGCUGUGUUGAAAUUUUCUGUCAAUUUUUGGAAAUAAAGUAAAUAAUAGCGUUCAAUUGGAAAAAAAUUGAAAAGUAAUUUCAUCAUUCGCCCGCAACAGUCGUCAAGAAAAGUGUUUUGUGGAAAGGAAAAAUUUGGUGACUAAAAGUGAAGAUCAGCACAAUGCCAACCAUCAUUGGAAUGCCGACAGCAGCGCAUCGUUCCGCUCGAAUGGCUCGGGCAAAUAUUGAACAGGAUGGUGGAAUCAAAAUUUGCUGUUGUCGCAUGUUCACUUGUGUCAAUUUGAAUUUUCUCUCGACCAACCAUGGACUAAUGAAAGUAAGCGAGGUGAUUUUGAGCUCGUGUUGUCAAACGUUGCUGGUACGAUUUGGAAUGGAAUCUGCUGCCGAUAUUGGUCAAGCCUUCAAUACGUGCUUGACAACAGUUUCAUCAUGUCUGAUGACUUCAUCAUUGCUACUUUUCUGCUAUAUUCUUUCCACACGCACAUUCAAUCUCGUUCGACAAUCACUUUUCGAAAUCUUUUACAAUCUCUGCGCUUGCUUCAUGUACUUCAGUGCUUCGGUGUACAUGGGAUUCACGGUCAAUAUCUGGCUUUGGCCGAAAUUCGAAUUGCAACGUGCCUACAUGGCAUAUCCAGCCAUGACAGCUGUCUAUUACAUCGGUUUCAUAUUGGGGAUAGUCCACGGCAUCGACUGCUAUUUGGCUUACAAGUUUUACAAAGGAUACUUUUGAAAUAUUUAUUUACAAGAAUCGACAAGAAGUUGCUAACAUUUCAAUAGUUUUUAUUUUGUUCGU